AUGGCUCCUGCUCACAAACGAAACUUGAACAUCGACGACUCGAGGUCCGAAACCUCGAGUACAGUGCCGAACCAUAAGGACGGAAAGAAUCAUUUGGUCCCCACCAACAUUUCAGGGACCUCCAAGAACAAUCGCGCAGUCAACGGCUCAACCACGAAAGCCUCUCUGAACGGGGCUGCCGUGGCUGCGGCUGCGGCUGCUACAGCACUUGCCCAAGCUGCUCCAGUAGUGGCUGAUAAAGACCCUAAGGUUCCUCGUCAAGCAGAUUGGACCUCAACUCCCAACUCCGUUCUCCGCACUUAUCGAAUUGCGUACCGGCUUCAAGCCCCCUCCACAUUCUGCCAUCCUCAUGCCGACAUAAUUCACAAAUCCUCGUCAAUAGCCCUCCGAUCGCCCUCAGCAGUCCUUGCUCGUCGUAGACUUCGUGAAGAGAAGCAUCGACGAAGGAAAGUCGAUCUCCAACAACUGAACGGGUCCUCCGUCGCCACCAACAACAAAGUCGCCAAGUCUAAGAACAAGAAGAAGGACAAGGACAAGUCAAAAGAUGUAAACUCCCUAGAGACGUCAAGCACAGUGGGCUCUGCGUUGGCCCAGUCCAUCGAGCCUCCUGAUGGUACACAAAGUACAGAUCCCUCUCAGCCUCACCCGCCGUCUUCCCCUUCUUCAACCUCUACAACAUACCUCGGCCCACGUGAGCCAUCCUCCCAGUUGGCUGUCUCGGUGCGCAAACACUUCAAUGCACAACAGGUCAGCGAGGCCGACACCAUUGCACGUUUUACGUAUGUUGUCCAGCAAGCAGGCCGGUCGGUGUGGACUGAAGGCUGUGAGGGUGACGGCGCGGGCUCCUGGAUGGGAAGUCAUGGCCGUGAGAUCAGGAAAGCCGAUGGCCCUGGAGGCGAAGUCGGCUUUCGAUUACGAUUCAGGCCUUGA